CAGCGGAGAGGGAGCGCGCCUGCCCCAGCCCCGAGUCCUGCCGACUUUCCUGCCGCCGCAGCGCAGGCCCCGAGGCCGCCGCCCCAGCCAUGGAGCAAGACAACAGCCCCCGGAAGAUCCAGUUCACGGUCCCGCUCCUGGAGCCGCACCUUGACCCGGAGGCGGCCGAGCAGAUUCGGAGGCGCCGCCCCACCCCUGCCACCCUCGUGCUGACCAGUGACCAGUCCUCCCCAGAGAUCGAUGAAGACCGGAUCCCCAACCCACUUCUUAAGUCCACUCUGUCAAUGUCUCCACGGCAGCGCAAGAAGGUGACGAGGACCACCCCCACAAUGAAAGAGCUCCAGAUGAUGGUUGAACAUCACCUAGGGCAACAGCAGCAGGGAGAGGAACCUGAGGGAGCUGUGGCGAGAACGGGGCCCCAGGAGUCCUGCCCACCCGGGAUCACCGACACAGAAGCAGAGCCCAGGCUGAGCUCUUCGGAAACAGCACAAAAGUCUGCAGGAGCCAUCCCUAAAACUCAGGAGAGGGGCAGCGAGGGCCCCCGCACAGAGGAGCUCUCCACCCAUAUACCACCAUUGGAUUCCCAGGGAGCCAACUCGGUCUGAGGGGGAAGGAGGUACCCUGGACUCAAGACUGCAGCUUGGGAAGGCAUGGACCCUGGAUGUAUUUCUUCACUUUGGGGAGAAUUUUCCUGUUUUUAAAUGUGAUAAAUUUAAUGUCAGGUU